AUGACACAAACAAUCUUGGAGACACCACACCACCCCGGGCGCAGUGGACGAGGUUCGGAGAGUGAUGGUUCAUUAGAUGAGAUCGCGCAGGAGAAGCAGAAUGCGCUGGCGGCAACACUCCGCCAUCAUGGAAAGGACCUCGACAAUUCGGCAUCCCCGAAGCGGUGGAAGAGUUUCUGGACGGCUUUCCGACACUUGGCGCACUUGACCCCGAAACAGGUUGACGAUUUCAUGGCGUCAUAUGUCAUCUAUAACCUGGACUGGUCCGACGAAAAACAAAUGACCGAAUCGCUGGGCCCCAACUACCAACAGAAAGUCGGCGAUUGCUUGAAGUCCUAUUACGGAGUCCUGAACCACCUGUGCGCACUGGGCGAUGUCGAAAAAAUGUACAUCCCACCAUGGAUGAACCCCAAAUCCAGCGUGCUGGAGAACCAGAUACUAUACGAGCGGUCAAUUGCACAAGACAUCGGCCUGGAGCCCGGAAUGACGGUGCUGGAUCUUGGAUGCGGCCGCGGGCGGGUCGCCGCUCACAUGGCGCAACACACCGGCGCCCAGGUAACGGGCCUUAAUAUCGACCCGAACCAGGUCGAGCAGGCGACGACCUUCAACACGGAACGCGGACUCCAGAAUAACUUCGUCACGCAAGAUUUCAAUGACCUUCCUCUCCCCUUCGACGACGAGAGCUUCGACGCGUUCUACCAGAUUCAAGCACUGAGUCUGUGCCAGGAUCUACCCGCCCUGUUCCGCGAGGUCUUCCGUGUCGUCAAACCCGGUUCAAAGAUCUCCCUGUUGGACUGGAUCAGCUUGCCGGCUUACGACGCUAGUAAUCCGGAACAUGCGGAACUCAUGCGCCGCGUCAAGCCGCUCAUCGGUGCUGUCGGUACACCCACGCAGGAACAUCUCGAGGCGGCGUUGAGGGGGGCCGGGUUUGAGGUGGUGCGGUCGGAGAAUGCUAGUAUCGAUGGUCUCCAGGCCCCACUCAUCGAUACCGUCGAUGGGUAUUUCCGCACCCUCCGCCAGGCGAUCCUUGCACUCGUCAAGGUGCAUGUGCUGCCAAAACACUUCAAGACUUUGAUAAACCGUCUUUGUUUAGAUGGUCAGGCUUUUGUUAAGAUGGACCGCAUGCGUCUGGCUACGACGAGCUAUCGUAUUAUCGCCCAGAAGCCCAAGGCUUAG